AUGAACACGGAAAAUUGCUGUAGAAUUUGUUUAACUGAAUAUUACACUGGCUAUAAUUUACAAGAGCACAAUGGGGAAUCAACAAUACAUGAGAUGAUCAAAAAAAUUUGCCCUGAAAUUCACUUGGAUGGCAAACCUGAUCAAAUUUGUAUUGAUUGUCUUACACAAUUGAAAACAGCUUGUGAUUUCAAACAAAAAUGUGAGACAUCGGAUUCAUUUUUAAAAAACAUCAGUUUAGAGAGAAAAUUUAAAAUUUUCGACGACACUGAAGAUGCAACAAUCGAUGAUUUCAUCGACACAAAUUUGUUUGAUCAAGAUCUCUUUGAUGCAGAUUAUAUAGAAGAUUUGAAACCGGAUUUUGAUAGUUUGGAUCCAAAAACCGCAGCAGAAUUUAGUGGGAGUCAUGAAGAAAACAAAUUAAAUCCUGUUGAUCAGCAAGUGCCCGCCAUACAAGAAAAACGAAAGUUUUCGAGAAGUCAAUCCACAAUAUUUAAAUGUAGUUUGUGUCCUGAGAAGUUCACCUUACCCUCAAAACUUAUACAACAUUCCAGAUAUGUUCAUAAAAACCUCAAACCAUUCAAAUGCAAUUUUCCUGACUGUGGCAAGAUUUAUAAGCUUCUUAAAGCUUUAAAAGUUCAUCAAAAACUUCAUGAAAAUGUGCUACCAUUCAAAUGUGAUGAGUGUCAAGCUAGUUUUCAUGUUAAAUCCAAUUUAUUGGCACAUUUAAGGACGCACACUGGUGAAAAAUUCAAAUGCAGCUUUCCAAAUUGUAACAAAUCAUUCAACAGCAUAAAUUAUCGAAAGCAACAUAUUGAACUACAUGCUCUCACUGAAAAUGUAUCACAACAGUUCGUAUGUGUCAUUGUAGAAUGCAAAAAGUCAUUUCAUGACAAAGAAUCAUUACGAUUGCAUCAGAUAUGCCACAAAGAAAAGAAAUUUGAUUGUGAAAUUUGUAAAAUGAAAUUCAAAACCCGUCAAUCUUUGAAAAUUCACCAGUUAAAGCACACAGACAUUAAACAGUUUACAUGUCACAUCUGUGGUGUUCUGUUUAAGUACAGAAAUCAAUGUUAUGAUCAUGUGAGAGCUCAUACUGCAAAAAGGGAAUUUGAAUGCUUUCAUUGCUCGAAAAAGUUCAUUAAAAAAACAUUGCUUGCCAAUCACAUGCAAACUCAUUUAACUGUUCGAAUGUUUAAAUGCAACGAAUGUCACAAAACUUUUAAAACCGACAAUUGUCUUUACAAGCAUCGACGACGACAUCGAUUGAUUAUUGGAAAAUUUCUAUGUGCAUUUUGUGAUAAGAAUUUUACUUCAAGAUCUGAUCUCACUAAUCAUGUACGAACUCACACACAAGAAAAGCAAUUUGCUUGUCAUUUUGAAGGUUGCCAAAAAAAUUUUAUUCACAAAUCAAAUUUAAAUGUUCACAUCCGUUCGCAUCUUGAAUCUGAAGGCUUCAAUUGUGAUUUAUGUGGGAAAAAUUUAGCUAACUCCAAUGCAUUGCGCAAUCAUUUAAACCGAGUGCAUAAAGCGGAAAAGAAAUUUGGAUGUGAAUUGUGUACAUUGAGAUUUGCGAGUAUUCAGCUAUUGAAUAUUCAUUCUGAAAUUCAUAAACCGAAAAAGUUUGGCUGCUCUAUGUGUAAUCGUCGCUACAAUUUUGCUGCUGAUCUUGAACGUCAUGUAUCGAAAAUGCAUCCACAGCUUGACGCAACAGAUCAAUCACUACCGUCUGACGUCUGCAUUCAAUGUUAUCAAAUGAUAAAAACGCUCGUCUUUAACAUUGAAGGAAUCAUGGACAUGCAAAAAAUUCUUAAAAUGCAAAUUCCAAGCCAACAUAUUCAUAUUGUUUCUAACAAUGGUAAAUCAUCAACAGUUAAUCCCGAGAUUGUAAUAAAAGCUGAAAAAAGUAAGCGAAUGCUUGUCGAAGAUAUAGCAAAGAAAUAUACAAACAUUAAAGUUCGUAAAUUAUCGAUGGAAAAUUCACCAUCAAAAACAAACUCGCCGACGCCGAUUGCCACACCAAAAAUUCCACCAAAGACUCCAGAAAAAUCACCUAUAGUAUUAAUUUCCGAUAGUCCUGACGAUACUCAAAAGCGAACGCGAUCAUUUAUGUGCAUUUCAUGUAGUGAAAAGUUCCAAAAAUUCACCAUUUUAGAGUCUCAUCUUAAAGUCUGCAAAGCAUCAUCAACACAACAGUUAAAGUGCUUCUGUGGUGAAAUUCUUACAUCAAAAGAAGAUUUAAGUACUCAUGUUAAAAUUAAACAUAAGCAAAACAAACAAGUUUCCAAAUGUGCAGUUUGUAGCAAAAUUUUCUCGACUUUAUUAGAACUGCAAAAUCAUCUCAAACUCCACAAAUCUCCACCGAGAAGUUCGUUUCUUUGUCAAUUCUGUAAUGGAAAAUUUUUCGAUCUUGUAACACUGAAAGAACAUCGUGAUAAAUGCAACACCGAGAUUGGCCGAAUAAUCCUUGAACUGUUUGCUGAUGUCACACCAAAAACAGCUGAAAACUUCCGACAAUUUUGUACAGGCGAACAUCGUCCGAAUGGCGUUCCAAUGGGCUAUAAAGGUUCAAGCUUUCAUCGAGUUAUUAAAGAUUUUAUGAUUCAAGGAGGUGAUUUUGUACACAGUGAUGGAACUGGCGUAGUUAAUAUUUAUACAGGAAGUACAUUCCCUGAUGAGAACUUCACUCUGAAACAUGACACAGCAGGACUUUUAUCAAUGGCAAACAGUGGAAAAGACACAAAUGGAUGUCAAUUCUUCAUAACAUGCGCUAAAUGUAAUUUUCUUGACAACAAACAUGUUGUUUUUGGCCGUGUCAUCGAUGGCUUACUUAAUGUGAGAAAAAUUGAAAAUGUUCCCAUAGGAUCCAACAACAAACCUCGUCUACCGAUCUCAAUAAGUCAAUGCGGUCAAAUUUUAGUUCUUUUGACAUUUAUUCAAUUAGCUGCAUCCAGUGCCGGUGACAGAUCGCCAUAUUAUCACAAUUGUGUGCAUGAUUGUCUUAAACAGAAAUGUCAGAAUAAUGUCCUGUUGUACAAGAAAGGAAUGGAAGAAUCUUUCUCUGAUCAUUUGAUUGAAAUUUGGAGACAUAAGAAAUUUGAUGUCAGUUCCUUGGAAAAUUUAAUAACUUGGAAUUGUAGAGAUGAAUGCAAAUAUCAAUGCAUGCAUAAAACAACUGAGGCUUUCAUUGCAAGAAAAUGGAACAUUCCACAAUUCCAUGGCAAAUGGCCAUUCGUUAGAAUUUUAUAUUUGGCAGAACCUGCUUCUGUGAUCUUCUCAGCUCUCAACUUCUUCUUCCACUUUCAAGGAAUAAAAACUUUUCGACAAAAAGUUCGUCCCGAUUCACCUUGCUACAAACUUUGGCAUGCAUUCUCGUUCAUUUGUCUUAACGCUUGGACUUGGUCGAUGGUUUUCCAUGCUCGUGACUUUCCCAUCACAGAAUUCUUUGACUAUGUCUUCGCGUAUUCAAUGGUCUUGGCUUCGUUUUGGUGCAUGGUUUUAAGAGUGAUCCACGAUCAUGGCAAAUCAAAAAAGUUAUCUGGCUUUGUAACUUUAAUUUGUGCGCUGUUUUUCCUCAAUCAUUUUGCUUAUCUCAGUUACAACACUUUCGAUUAUUCCUACAACAUGAACGUCAAUAUUUUCACAGGAAUAGCGGGUGGUGUUGGUUGGAUUAUUUGGUGUUUAUCACAGAUUAAAAGACGAAAAUAUGUUUGGAAAAUGUUGCUAUUUGUGGUUCUUGCGCUUCUGACUAUCACGUUAGAAGUUUAUGACUUUCCACCAAUAUUUUGGAUCUUUGAUGCUCACUCGCUUUGGCAUCUUUCAUCAGCACCAAUCACGAUUUUAUUUUACAAAUUUAUAAUUGAAGACUGCAUACAACUUCCGACUUACGAUCCCAAACUCAAAAUUUGGAGUGGACCGAAAUGCGAUCCGAUCUACAACACAAAUGUCGGCUUAGGAUAUUUGAUUUUGAAUGUUCUAAAGAUGACACCGGAGAGAAUAACUCAAACGUCUGCUGACACAAAUGUCGAGCUGACGUGUCACGAGAUGCGAAUCAGAUCAAUGAAGAUUGCCAAUUACCUGAAGAGCUGUGGCUUCAAACAAGGCGAUGUCGUGGGUCUCAUGGCAUCAAAUAGUGAAAACUUAGCUCCAAUCGUCUUUGCUUGUUUCACUUUGGGAUUGCCAGUCAACCCACUGGCGCCAGUGAUGACAAGCGACGAUGUUGUUCACAUGUAUUCGAAGACGAAGCCAAAAAUAAUUUUCUGUGACGGUGAUCUUGUUGGAACAGUUCAAGAAGCUGUUGAUAGAAUGAAAAUCCAAACAAUCGUCCACACUUUGAUGAAGAAAGUUGUCGGAUAUACAUUUGUUGACGACAUUUUGCUGUCUGAUUUCAAUGAAGAUGAUUUUGUUUUUCCUGAACUCAACAACAUCGCAAAGUCAACUGCAAUGAUUGUAUGUUCAUCAGGCACAACUGGCCUACCCAAAGGAGUUUGCAAAUCACAUGAACAAAUUAUUGUUCAAAUUUUUCAUGUUUGGAAACAUAAUUCAUGCAAACAAGAAAUUCUUUUAACCUUUUCAAGUCUUUAUUGGUUAACAGGCGUCAUAGUUCUCAUUAAUGGAACUUUGUAUGGUGGCAAGCGAAUCAUAACUGCAAAGUCAUUUGAAGCAGCACAUGCAGUUGAAAUAGUUAACAAACAUAAAGUUUCGUUUCUCUUUGCACCACCAUCAGGAGUUACUGCAAUGCUUCAAAUGAAAAAUUUAAAACUAUUGGAACAUCUUGAAAUUUUAUUGGUUGGUGGCUCGAUUGUGUCCAAGAAACUUUGCGAUGAAAUGCAAAAAUAUCUUCCAAAUGGGAAAAUUUGCAACAUUUACGGAACAACUGAAGGAGAUUUUCUUUCAAACUCAUUCUAUUAUCAACGUUCCGGAGCAGUUGGUUUGCCACUUCCAAAUACACAUUUAAGAAUAAUUGAUGAAGCUGAAAACUUUCUCGGACCGAAUGAAGAAGGCGAAUUAAUUUACAAGACUCCCGUGGUUUUUCUGGGAUAUUUCGAAGAACCAGAUAAAACCGAAGCGAUCAUGAAAGAUGCUGAGAAUGGUUGGCUGUAUUCAGGCGAUCUUGGAUAUUUUGACGAUGACGGUUUUCUUUAUAUUGUUGGACGAAAGAAAGAUAUGUUGAAGUAUAACGGUUAUCAGAUUGCACCUUCAGAACAUGAAGCAUUAAUUGAUGGAAUCAAAGGAGUUGCCAGUUCUUGUGUUGUUGGAGUUCUUGAUGAAGAUACUGGAAACGACAUUCUUUAUGCAUUUAUCAUCAAAGAUCGAUCAAGAAAUGAUUUAACUGAAGAAUUCAUUCUUAAUUAUGUCAACAACAAAGUUAUCGAUGCGAAGAAACUUCGAGAAUUUGCUUUCGAAAAAAUGAUGCACACAUCGUACGAUCCGCAACUCAAGAUUUGGAGUGGACCGAAGUGCGAUCCGAUCUACAACACAAAUGUCGGCUUAGGAUAUUUGAUUUUGAAUGUCCUAAAGAUGACACCGGAGAGAAUAACUCAAGUGUCAGCUGACACAAAUGUCGAGCUGACGUGUCACGAGAUGCGAAUCAGAUCAAUGAAGAUUGCCAAUUACCUGAAGAGCUGUGGCUUCAAACAAGGCGAUGUCGUGGGUCUCAUGGCAUCAAAUAGUGAAAACUUGGCUCCAAUUGUCUUUGCUUGCUUCACUUUGGGAUUGCCAGUCAACCCACUGGCGCCAGUGAUGACAAGCGACGAUGUUGUUCACAUGUAUUCGAAGACGAAGCCAAAAAUAAUUUUCUGUGACGGUGAUCUUGUUGGAACAGUUCAAGAAGCUGUUGAUAGAAUGAAAAUCCAAACAAUCGUCCACACUUUGAUGAAGAAAGUUGUCGGAUAUACAUUUGUUGACGACAUUUUGCUGUCUGAUUUCAAUGAAGAUGAUUUUGUUUUUCCUGAACUCAACAACAUCGCAAAGUCAACUGCAAUGAUUUUAUGUUCGUCAGGCACAACUGGCCUACCCAAAGGAGUUUGCAAAUCACAUGAACAAGUCAUUGCACAUCUCCACCCUAUUUGGAAAUAUCAUUUACCUUCUCAAGAGGUUUAUUUCAACUUUUCAAGUUUGUAUUGGUUGUCAGGAAUGUAUUUUUUAAUUUCUGGAACUUUGUAUGGAGGGAAGAGAAUAAUCACUGCAGAACAGUAUGAAGCUGACUUAGCAGUUGUAUAUUUGGAUAAAUUUAAAGUAACAACAUAUUUGAGCGCCCCAUCAGCUGUUUCGACAAUGCUGAGAAGUAGGAAAAUGCAGAUAUUAAAACAUAUCAAAGCAUUUUCAAUGGGUGGUGCAAUUGUGUCGAAGAAACUUUGUGAAAAUUUGCGGUCUUAUUUACCUAAUGGAAAGAUUUUGGUUGCUUAUGGAAGCACAGAAUUUGAUUUCGCUACGAACUCCAAAAGGCGUCAACGUUAUGGAUCGGUAGGUCAGACAAAUGAAAAUGUUCAAAUGAAAAUAAUUGACGAUGCUGGGAAGAGCUUGAGACCAAAUGAAGAAGGUGAAGUCGUAUUCAAAACUGAAAUUGAUUUUCCGGGAUAUUAUGGCGAACCCGAAUUGUCUAAAGCUGCAACAGAUAAUGGUUGGAUGUAUUCAGGUGAUUUGGGAUAUUUUGACGAUGACGGUUUUCUUUAUAUUGUGGGACGAAAGAAAGAUAUGUUGAAGUAUAACAAUUAUCAGAUAGUUUUAUUAACCAGAGUGAUCCACGAUCAUGGCAAAUCAAAAAAGUUAUCUGGCUUUGUAACUUUAAUUUGUGCGCUGUUUUUCCUCAAUCAUUUUGCUUAUCUCAGUUACAACACUUUCGAUUAUUCCUACAACAUGAACGUCAAUAUUUUCACAGGAAUAGCGGGUGGUGUUGGUUGGAUUAUUUGGUGUUUAUCACAGAUUAAAAGACGAAAAUAUGUUUGGAAAAUGUUGCUAUUUGUGGUUCUUGCGCUUCUGACUAUCACGUUAGAAGUUUAUGACUUUCCACCAAUAUUUUGGAUCUUUGAUGCUCACUCGCUUUGGCAUCUUUCAUCAGCACCAAUCACGAUUUUAUUUUACAAAUUUAUAAUUGAAGACUGCAUACAACUUCCGACUUACGAUCCCAAACUCAAAAUUUGGAGUGGACCGAAAUGCGAUCCGAUCUACAACACAAAUGUCGGCUUAGGAUAUUUGAUUUUGAAUGUCCUAAAGAUGACACCGGAGAGAAUAACUCAAACGUCUGCUGACACAAAUGUCGAGCUGACGUGUCACGAGAUGCGAAUCAGAACAAUGAAAAUUGUCAAUUACCUGAAGAGUUGUGGCUUCAAACAAGGCGAUGUCGUGGGUCUCAUGGCAUCAAAUAGUGAAAACUUGGCUCCAAUUGUCUUUGCUUGCUUCACUUUGGGAUUGCCAGUCACCCCACUGGCGCCAGUGAUGACAAGCGACGAUGUUGUUCACAUGUAUUCGAAGACGAAGCCAAAAAUAAUUUUCUGUGACGGUGAUCUUGUUGGAACAGUUCAAGAAGCUGUUGAUAGAAUGAAAAUCCAAACAAUCGUCCACACUUUGAUGAAGAAAGUUGUCGGAUAUACAUUUGUUGACGACAUUUUGCUGUCUGAUUUCAAUGAAGAUGAUUUUGUUUUUCCUGAACUCAACAACAUCUCACAGUCAACUGCAAUGAUUGUAUGUUCAUCAGGCACAACUGGCCUACCCAAAGGAGUUUGCAAAUCACAUGAACAAAUUAUUGUUCAAAUUUUUCAUGUUUGGAAACAUAAUUCAUGCAAACAAGAAAUUCUUUUAACCUUUUCAAGUCUUUAUUGGUUAACAGGCGUCAUAGUUCUCAUUAAUGGAACUUUGUAUGGUGGCAAGCGAAUCAUAACUGCAAAGUCAUUUGAAGCAGCACAUGCAGUUGAAAUAGUUAACAAACAUAAAGUUUCGUUUCUCUUUGCACCACCAUCAGGAGUUACUGCAAUGCUUCAAAUGAAAAAUUUAAAACUAUUGGAACAUCUUGAAAUUUUAUUGGUUGGUGGCUCGAUUGUGUCCAAGAAACUUUGCGAUGAAAUGCAAAAAUAUCUUCCAAAUGGGAAAAUUUGCAACAUUUACGGAACAACUGAAGGAGAUUUUCUUUCAAACUCAUUCUAUUAUCAACGUUCCGGAGCAGUUGGUUUGCCACUUCCAAAUACACAUUUAAGAAUAAUUGAUGAAGCUGAAAACUUUCUCGGACCGAAUGAAGAAGGCGAAUUAAUUUACAAGACUCCCGUGGUUUUUCUGGGAUAUUUCGAAGAACCAGAUAAAACCGAAGCGAUCAUGAAAGAUGCUGAGAAUGGUUGGCUGUAUUCAGGCGAUCUUGGAUAUUUUGACGAUGACGGGUUUCUUUAUAUUGUUGGACGAAAGAAAGAUAUGUUGAAGUAUAACGGUUAUCAGAUUGCACCUUCAGAGCUUGAAGCAUUAAUUGAUGGAAUCAAAGGAGUUGCCAGUUCUUGUGUUGUUGGAGUUCUUGAUGAAGAUACUGGAAACGACAUUCUUUAUGCAUUUAUCAUCAAAGAUCGAUCAAGAAAUGAUUUAACUGAAGAAUUCAUUCUUAAUUAUGUCAACAACAAAGUCAUUGAUGCAAAGAAGCUUCGAGGUGGAGUCCACUUUGUUGAUUCGCUUCCAAUGACUGCUUCUGGAAAGAUUCAAAGGCAGGAAAUUCAGAAACUCGCACAACAAAAAUAUUUUCAAGUACAGUUUGUUGCUUUCUCAUAUUUAGAUAUGAAUUCAAGUUACGAUCCCAAAAUUAAGAUUUGGAGUGGACCCAAAUGCGAUCCGAUCUACAACACAAAUGUCGGCUUAGGAUAUUUGAUUUUGAAUGUCCUAAAGAUGACACCGGAGAGAAUAACUCAAGUGUCAGCUGACACAAAUGUCGAGCUGACGUGUCACGAGAUGCGAAUCAGAUCAAUGAAGAUUGCCAAUUACCUGAAGAGCUGUGGCUUCACACAAGGCGAUGUCGUGGGUCUCAUGGCAUCAAAUAGUGAAAACUUGGCUCCAAUCGUCUUUGCUUGUUUCACUUUGGGAUUGCCAGUCAACCCACUGGCGCCAGUGAUGACAAGCGACGAUGUUGUUCACAUGUAUUCGAAGACGAAGCCAAAAAUAAUUUUCUGUGACGGUGAUCUUGUUGGAACAGUUCAAGAAGCUGUUGAUAGAAUGAAAGUCCAAAUAAUCGUCCACACUUUGAUGAAGAAAGUUGUCGGAUAUAAAUUUGUUGACGACAUUUUGCUUUCUGAUUUCAAUGAAGAUGAUUUUGUUUUUCCUGAACUCAACAACAUCGCAAAGUCAACUGCAAUGAUUUUAUGUUCGUCAGGCACAACUGGCCUACCCAAAGGAGUUUGCAAAUCACACGAACAAAUUAUUGUUCAAGAGUUUCCGAAAUGGCAUUUUAAAGAAGCUUCUCAACAAAUUUCAUUCAACUUUUCAAGUAUUUAUUGGUUAUCGGGGUCUUGUUUCCAAAUAAUGGGAACUUUAUACGGUGACAAGCGUGUGAUAACCUCUGAAAAUUUUACACCAGAAUUAGCAAUUAAGUACAUUGAUCGGUUCAAUGUUUCAAUAUUCUUCUCACCACCCUCAUCAAUUGCUGAAAUUUUGAAUUGCAAAAGUAUGAAAACUCUCAAAAGUUUAAAAUGUUACAUCAGUGGUGGCUCGAUAGUGACAAAGAAAAUGUGCGAAGCAUUGUCGAGCUUCCUUCCGAACGGAAAAAUUUCUGUUGGUUAUGGAAGUACGGAAGCUGAUUUUCUUGCGUCAGGAUUUAAAGGUCAGCGCUUUGGAUCGGUUGGCUUAACUGAUGACAAUGUUCAAAUUAAAAUAAUUGACGAUGCUGGAAAAAGUUUGGGACCGAAUGAAGAAGGUGAAAUUAUGUUCAAAACUCCAAUUGCUUUUCUCGGAUAUUAUGGCGAACCUGAAUUAACUGAAGAAGCUGCAACGAAAGAUGGUUGGAUGUAUUCAGGUGAUCUUGGAUACUUUGAUGAUGAUGGUUUUCUUUAUAUUGUUGGACGAAAGAAAGAUAUGUUGAAGUAUAACAAUUAUCAGAUCGCACCUUCAGAGCUUGAAGCAUUAAUUGAUGGAAUCAAAGGAGUUGUCAGCUCAUGUGUUGUUGGAGUUCUUGAAGAAGAUACUGGAAACGACAUUCUUUAUGCAUUUAUCAUCAAAGAUCGAUUAAGAAAUGAUUUAACUGAAGAAUUCAUUUUCAAUUAUGUCAACAACAAAGUCAUCGAUCCGAAGAAGCUUCGAGGUGGAGUUCACUUUGUAGAUUCCUUCCCAAUGACUGCUUCUGGAAAGAUUCAAAAGCGAGAGGUUCAAAAACUCGCAGAGAAUAAGAGAAAAUGGGAUCAAUAUGCAAUGAAAUAAAUCAAAUCAGUUUUCAUUUCAACUUCAAGAACAUUCAAGAUUCAACGCAACAGAAAAUUUGACUCAAAUUCGUUGUGAGUUUUAAAUUCAUUUUUGAUGACUAGUUUUUUUUCUCCGACAUCUGAGUAAACAAGCUAUUCGAGUCUCACAAUUUUGUUUUUCUUUUAAAUACUUAAAUAUCUAUCUACAAAACAAAAUUAUUUAAAAAAUGAUUUUAGUGAAAUUGAAAUUCACUCAAAAAUUAUUUCAAAAACCAGAGUUUUGUUUUAAAUGAAGUUUUAUUCAAAAGGAAUUGAAGAUAUCAAAUUACAAAACAAUUAUUCCCCCAUCUGUUUUUUUCACGUCAGCUUUGGUGUCAUCUUUCAAUAAGUUUAAACUUUUCUACUUAAUCGUCCAACAACUCUUCGCUUGAAAGGUCUUCAAUGCUUUCAAAUUCCAAUGAAUCUGAUUCAAAAUGAUCUGGUUUUGCUGCUGCUACAUCCAACAACGCAAUAAUGGAAAUGAUUAAAAAGAAUAAAAUGUAUGUUAAUCUCAUCUUUUCAAGUUCUGAAAUUCAACUGAAAGUUUCAAUUUUCAAUUGUAUUAAUGUUGAUCGAUUUCACAUUUCAGCCAUCGACUGAACAUUUGUUUAAAUAAAGUCACAUACACACGAACAAUAAACUAUUGAAAAGAGAAAUUCUCAGAAUAAGAUAAAAAAAUAUCUUAAACUUUAAAUGUUCUGAUAUAAAAUAUAUUUCGUCAAACCAAACGUCCUAAAAUAACAAAUAAAUGAGAGAUAUGAAAGCUAUCAACUUAAAAGCUCGGAUUAGAUUAAACGGAUUAAACGGAUUAGAUUAAUUGUUGAUUCCGCUUCUAAAUUUUAAGAAAGUGUUUUACUUUUUCUUUCUUUUUCUGUGCUAUUAUUUAGAUUAGUAAUUUCUAGAGUAGAAAUUUGAAAUUUUCUCAUGUCCGCUCAAUAAAAAAUUACCAAGGGUUGCCAAGCUAAACUUCCAUAUUAGUUGUCAACCAAUUCCUAUAAACGCAUGAUUUCUUUCUUCUCCAAUCCAAAUAUCUAAAUAAAUCAUUCAAAUUCUCAUAUUUUUACUAACUUAUGCAAAAAUUAUUAAAAUCACGAAAACCAAAACAUUUCUAUGUGAAAAGAAAUUAAAAAUAAAACAAAAUACCUAUUUUUAAAAGAAAGACAAUCAUUAUAAAAUAUUUUUCAAAUAAAGUUUCAUUCGAAUAACUGAAGGUAUCAAAUUUCAAAAUAUUUAUUU